AUGCCUCUUGUGGUGUUGUGUGGAUUCCCCUGCAGUGGGAAGAGUAAGAAAGCCCUGGAUCUAAAAAAGCACCUGGAGCAGACUGGAAGAAAGGUUUAUAUAAUUGGAGACCAUACCCUUGCUGUUGAUAAGAAUUCUGUGUAUGCAGAUUCCAGGAAGGAGAAGGAUUUACGGGGAGCUUUAAGAGCUGAAGUAGAAAGGAAAUUGAAUAAAGAAGAUGUUGUGAUUCUGGAUUCUCUCAACUAUAUUAAAGGGUACAGAUAUGAGCUGUUCUGUCUCAUAAAACAUGUACAGACUCCACACUGCCUGAUCCACUGCGUGACAGCCCCAGAUGUCAGUUUCACCUGGAAUCAGGACAGGCAGCCAGAUGAGCAAUAUACACAAGACAUAUUUGAUGCCUUGGUACAGAGAUUUGAGGCUCCUGAUUCCCGUAAUCGAUGGGAUUGCCCCCUCUUUACUGUACAGAAGGAUGACGAACUGCCAUUGGAACAGAUCUGCAAUGCAAUUUUUCAUAGAAAAGCACCUCCUCCCAACCAAUCCACACAGACUGUAAGCAAUACAUCGCUGCUCCUUUUACUUUGCCCACAUGAUUUGGUUUGGUUUGUGUUUAAUUUUAAAACCUGA